AAACGAUGUUGUAAUUUGAAUGUUUAUUGUUGUUCAUUAUCCAUUGAUGUAGCUAUUGGAUAUACGUGUUGUAUUUUUAGAUGUAUAGUACGUAAAUUUACACGUUGCAUUAAAAGAUGGCGAAUCCAAUGCAAACAGUGAAAGAGCUCGCUGAGAAGAACUCCGUUUUGCAAGUUUUGAUUUUCAAUGACGACAGUGUUGAAGUUCAGUUUAAAGAUCGUUCAGUUUUACAAUUAUCUCCUUGUGGUGCAAACUAUCAAUACCACCAACCAAGCACAGAUGGAUUAAGAUUGGUGGAAAAUUUAAACACAAUUCGACAGCGGUCCAAAUUUGCAACAAGCGAUACUAAAACACAGGUUGAUUUUGCUGUUUCUGUAAGAAACCUGUUUGCAGUUGGUCCCUAUAUCGCUGCAGAAUUCCACCAUUUAUGUGAAGGUGUCGUACGUCUGCAUCAAGAUGUUACUGAUUAUGUUUGGCCAGUUGUAUCAGAGAAAAACCCAACUGACGGCAGCAUUGUGGUGGAUACUGAUGGAAAAGUUACAGUUUGUGCAAAGAAUGACGCAGCUGAGUUGGUGCUUUGGGCAUGUCAGAAUCAAGUUGAAGUGAAACUCUGUGUAAAACUAAACGAAUCCAAAGUUUCUGCCAAGAAUGUGGAUAGCAAUGCAGCUAACAAACAAUAUGCUGUUGUGAAACAACUUUUUUCUGCAAGCUGUUGUCCGGACAGAUGGAAAUACCCACUGCAAGUUGCUUUGAAUGCAAGGUCUGGUUGUCAAAGUGAAAUUGCCAUUCUUAAUAAAUUGCACGCCGUCAAGGCACUUCCAGACAAUUGUCCAAAGCCCUUUAAACACCAGUGGCGGACAAACACAAGUGAAGAAAGCUUAACUGAAGAUUCUAACUUAUCACUUUUGCCCCACAAGCGUGUAAAGUGUAUGCUCUUCAAUGGAAACAUGUAUUGGUUUUUCCAUAAUGAAAUCCAUAGUAAUAAUACCCAACAUGACAUUGAAGUCUGGCUUAAUGAUGGAAGUAUUCUCACUGGCUCAACGGGUAGAUUUCAUUUCUCCUACAAAGAAUACAAAAGGGAUGAAAAUAUGAAGCUUGUGCUUUCAAAGGAAAGGAUGUACACUCCAACAGCUUUACCAAUGGAUGAAAAACUAAAAAAUAUUAUUUUACGAGUCAUGAGGCUUUGUUCGACGGAUACAAAAUUUGAAAAUGCUUCUUCAAAACCAGUUGAAUCAGCUUGCUGGGUGGAUGCGUAUCCAAAGUUGAAAGGAAAUGCCAAAAGUGGAGAUCUGGGUGAUUUACAAAGUGAUAAUGUGAAUCCUAGUGGGUAUGUUAUUGUUCCAAAUCUUGGUAAGUUCUCUUCUGCGGGUGGGAGUGUCCAAGUUUGUUUUGAUGACGAAGCAACGGUCCAUGCAGCAUUGUCAUCAGAAGAUUGGAAGAUGAUCAAAAAGUCUUCAGAAAAUCUAUCUUCAAUUUCGGCAAGAAUUCUGCUUCCAAACAAGCGCUACCAUGUGUGCAGUAACAUCCUAAACUGUGAUACUUCUAUCUUCUUCUACAUGAAGCAUGUAUGCGAGUGGUUGUUGUGGCUUGUUGCAGAGGAGGAAAAACGUGGAGGAUUUUACCAAAACACCAUUUAUUGUCGAGAAAAAUCAAACAUGGUUUUAAAAGAGAUUGAAAAAAUAGCCCAGUUUAAUUCAAGUGAAAGAAUAGAAUAUGCUCGAGGACAGUGUGGAUUUUCUUUCAGUAACUUUGAGUCUGAACAAAAUCAAAAUGUAUACAAGCAUCAAAUAGUUCCACCUGAGUUAUUUAGUUCGGUUGGUAAUCUGAUACCCAGCCCUGUUUCCAAUGCAUUAGAAAGCACUGGGAAAGCUAUUGAUGAUAUUUCAUCAUUUAUUGAAAAUAUUCGCAAACAAUAAUUUUUGACACAUUCUAUUAAUUCUAUAGUUGUCCUAUAUUAUUUAUAUUACAUCCAUUCUGUUCUUUGCACCAUAAAUCACUGUGCCACUAAAAUGCUUAUUAAGAUUUAUACUAUUGGUGUGUGCUUUAUUUACA